CCUACACAAAACACCGCACAUGUAAACACGGCAGCUUUCUUGCUUUUAGAAUCUUAAGAUUUUCUACUGUCAACACAUUGUAAAGAAAAUAGAAAUGCAGGUCGAAACAGCACGACCUUAUUUUUUCGGUGACAUCGGUUUCUGGGCAGAGAGGACGGAGGUGCAUAAGGCUGCGUAUCAGGGUCAGGUGUCUGUGCUGCAAGGUUUGAUCCAGAAUGGAGCUUCAGUGAAUAUUGUGGCUGUAGACUCCAUCACACCCCUCCACGAGGCUGCCACACGGGGACAGACGCAGUGUGUGAGACUCCUGCUGGAUGCGGGGGCACAGGUGGACGCAAGGAACGUGGACGGCAGCACCCCGCUGUGUGAGGCGUGCUCUAUUGGGAACUUUGAGUGUGUGAGUCUCCUUUUAGAUUAUGGAGCAAAAGUCAACCCCGCUCUUACGUCCCGGACCACCUCGCCUUUACACGAGGCCUGUAUGGGAGGUAAUGAAGAUUGUGUGAAGUUGGUGAUCUCUAAAGGAGCAAGUCUUGAGGCGUAUGAUCUGUACUACGGUACACCACUACAUGUGGCAUGUGCCAACCAUCACCUGGACUGUGUCAAGGUGCUACUGAAUGCAGGUGCACAAGUGAACACCACAAGGUUGCAUGAGACGGCCCUGCAUCAUGCCGCUAAGGCCAAUAGCCUGGAGAUGAUCGAGGUGCUUGUGGAGUUUGGGGCUAACAUUUAUGCCCGAGACAAACACGAUAAGAAGCCAGUCAACUAUACAAAGCCGGAUACACCCGCAGCACGCUGCCUUCAGUAUUGUGAAUGCAACCCAUUGUCUCUGCAGCAGCUGAGCCGUAUCGCAUUGAGGACGGUGCUGGGUACGAGAGCUGCGGACGUGGUCACCAAACUGGAUAUUCCAAACCGGAUUAUCAGUUAUCUCUUAUACCACUGAAAUCCCUCCCUAAAAUACGGACAUCUAGACGACGUCAUUACCUCAAAUGCACAAAAACUUCCUAUAACAAGUAUUAGUUAUUUUAUUAUCAGCAUUAAAGCUGAAGUGUGACUUUUUUCAAUGUUAAACCUGUAAUUUAAGCAAGUCAUUCACAGGUUAACUUACCAAACCUGUGCAUGAGCCAAUAGGUUGAGAUUUAAGCACGGGUGGAUCUACCUGUUAGAUGGCAAAUAUGUGCAAUGUGGUCCGGGCAGCAUUUUUAAAUAUUACACACAUACUGUCCUGUAAGUAAUACAAGCACAGUAGACUAAAUAGUGAGCAUUACAUGUCAUGCAUUUGACGGAUGUCUUUUAUAUCACUUCUGGAAUAUGUUCACUUCUGGAUAAUGCAUCGUAACUAAGAUGAAUAUAAAAAGCACUUAAGAUGAUGAAAAGGCAUUCGACUGAUCUGUUAUAAUAAAUCUUAAAUGUUUGAUCGAUUCAUGAGACUUCACCGAAUGCACGGAUGAAUUGUACACAAUAAGACCAGACUCGGAUGCAAAACCCACUUCUUUGUGUCUGACAUGGUUUUUUUUUUGUAAAUUAGACUAAAACCGGUAUUCCUGAAUGACCUGAGGCCGGGAUUAAGCGGAUUUAAAGUGAAAACAUUCGAUGAACGUCUAAUACGUGCCGAGAGCAUUCGGUUAAAAGCAUGACCUAGUUUUUGACAGGUUGCAUUUAAAGGCUUUUGUAUUUGAGCUCCUCGUAUAUCAAGAAAUGAAAUAAUGUGAUUUAAAUAUGCUUUGCUGUUUUCUCAGCGAGAGGAGGAAAAUGGUAAUCAAUCAUGCAAAAAGUGUUUUAUGCCGCUAUGCUUUCUUCGUGCCAAAAUAUGUUUCCAAAUAUUAUUUUUCCACAAGCCGUUCCGUCAAACUUAUUUAAGAGUUUGACCCCAAUGCACCCAAUCCCUCCGCAUGCCAUUUUACCUCCAUCAGCAUCUUAUUAAGUACAAGAAGGACUAUAUAUAGCAAGGCCACUCAGAAAUAGUAUGCAGUGCUUUUGUUUUCACUGAUUUGGAGAAAUGAGUUCCUUUUCCUGUACACUUAUCGGGAGCCCAUUAGGGAGAGAGGGCAGGAAUGUUGUUAUUAAAGCCCGAACACUGUUUUAAAAUGAAGCAUAGUGAGACAGGACAGCUGCUAUUAAAAGAAUGCUGCAUAUCUUUUUAUCCAACCCUCCAUAGCCUUUAAAGGAUUGGAUUGUUUUCAAUCUUUUCCCGGUCUUAAUAUUGUUCAAACCUACUUCUGGAAUGCCGGGAUGUUUUGUGCCAAACGUUGCCCGGAUUGUUGCUGAUUUUGGUUGUUUUCACACUAGUUAAGUCAGGAAUUAUUAGGGUGCUAAGAAUUCUUGAUGUUGCUAUUACGUUAAAUUAAUAAAUUGAAGCUUUGAUACGUUCA